AUUAUUAUAUUGUUGUAAAAUUUCCCUCCUUCGGUCCCAAGCUUUGCACCAGCAGCGUAUUGCAACAAUAAUUUUCUUAAAGUGUUGCCGUCUUUUCUGCCUCUCUUCUUCUUCUUCUGAUAAUCAACUCCAAUUGGCUGGAGGCACCGGUGGGAGUAGAAAGGAGCAGUAGUAAUCCUUCCUAUAGUCGUAUGAUUUGUUUUGGCCAAACCUCUUACUAAUAAGUAUUAUUUUGCUAUUAGUAUACAAUACAAAUACGGGGGAGAAACAAAUGGCGGUAGAAACAGAAGCAGUAGGGAGUCGCCCCUCAGAGCUGGCUCUGGCCGACACUAACAUUCACUGGGACAGGUUGGAUAAGACAAGGUUUCACGUUAUUGGGGCCAUCCUCUUUACUGCUCAGUCAGCAUUAAUACACCCAACUGCAGUUGUCAAGACAAGGAUGCAAGUAGCUGCUUCUGGUCUCUCCCGUGUGAACGGAAUGUCUGUGUUCAAACACAUAAUCAAGAGUGAUGGUCUACCUGGCAUAUUUAGAGGUUUUGGUACAUCUGCAAUUGGAUCGUUGCCAGGCAGAGUCCUGGCUCUCACUUCACUUGAAGUAUCAAAAGAUAUGAUGUUUAAAUGCACUGAAGGUCUAGAUGUGCCAGAAGCUACUCGUGUUGGCAUCGCAAACGCGGUUGCUGGAAUGUUUUCAAAUAUAGUUUCAUGUGUAUACUUCGUCCCUUUAGAGGUGAUCUGCCAGCGACUAAUGGUUCAAGGGCUUCCAGGGACUACUUCUUGCAAUGGUCCAUAUGAUGUUGUUCGUAAAGUUACUAAGGUUGAAGGAAUUCGUGGUUUGUAUAGAGGCUUUGGAUUAACAGCUCUGUCUCAAACCCCUGCAUCAGCACUUUGGUGGGGAGCAUAUGGGGCAGCUCAGCACAUGAUCUGGACGAGCCUGGGUUAUAGGGAUGAUAUGCAACAGAAACCAUCUCAUUUACAGAUGGUUACUGUCCAGGCUACAGCAGGAAUGGUAGCCGGUGCAUGUUCUUCAAUUGUUACUACCCCUUUAGAUACUGUAAAGACAAGGCUUCAGGUAAUUGAUGAUUAUGGUGUCGGAAGACCAUCAGUAAUGAAGACCACUAGGGCACUUCUUAAAGAAGAUGGCUGGAGAGGAUUUUAUAGAGGGUUUGCACCUAGGUUCUUAAAUAUGUCUUUCUAUGGUACAACAAUGAUCGUGACAUAUGAACUCAUAAUGAUUGUCCUUUCCUACUUGUAAGUUAGCAAGAAAUGAAGUGACUGCUUUGUAUGCCUUGGGCUGUCGAGGACAGCUCAGUAUUCCAACAGAACUGGCAAUCGUCCCUCCUCCCUGCUUCUCUGUUCUCCAAUAUUGAGAUUCAGUUCUUAAUUGUUAAUUUAGACUUCAGAAGCGCAUAAGGUGCCAUUGUACUUUGAUAAUCAUACAUUUCAUCACCCUUGGUUGUUUUCAUACGGACCAACUGUUAAACGUCUUAAAUUUGACAGGACUGUAAAGGCAUCACUUUCUGCAUAUCAAUUCUCAUUAUUGACAUUUCUCUCUGAAGUGUAAUUUUAGAUUCAAAAAACUGCAUAAGAUGGUUUCAUACUCUGACGUUUGAUAUGUUUGCUUAUCCUUGCUUGUUAUCAGAGAGAUUGUCUGUAAAGCAAUAUUAAGAAGGUGGAGCAUUGGAUGCACUGAUGCCCGGCAUUUUGUUGAAGCGGGGAUACAAGGUGCACAAGCUAAGAGUUAUCCUGCUGCAGUAUGAAUGGAGCUAUCCACUAUGAUGGCGCGUAUCAAGGAAGCAGCAACUUUAGUACGAGAAACUGCGCAUUUUUUCUCUUCCAAAUCCAUUCCAUUUGUGGUAUCUUCGUAAGAAGGUCAAGAUGUCCUCGCGAGCUUGCUUGCAAUCACGUCGACAACUAAAUUGCAGUGCUAGUCAUUAGUUGAAAACGUUAGCCUCUCAUAUUAUCAUUUUUGGUGAUGCGUACCAUCUCAAGACGAAGUCUGAAUAGGAAUUUUUGGAAUACCCUUUAUUCUUGCUGCAUUCAACCAGCAUAGCACAUGUGAAUUUUCAGGAGCUGAAGUUAUUCUCUGAAUUUUCCGACGGUUUAUGGAAACAGGUUGGCUAAGAGACCUUUUUUGUGAACUACAAAUAUGAACUCUGGGAACACAGUAGUGAUACCUGUCAUGGUUGUUCUGGACAUUAGAUGGUCGAUCAUCGAUUCUUGUUCCCCUAUUCCCAUUGUCCCAUGCAAAUCGCACUUCCAACUUAGCAAACAAACAAUUGCGCUCAAGACUGGCUUGUAGUUGCCUCUCUCUCAUUCAACCCUUCAAGACGGAAAACCAUACUAACCGGGUGCAAUAGUUUUUGUGCGCUUAAUAUGGUUGAUGCGAGAGCGUGGGGUCGUGUUUUGAUUCAUCAAAUUCGACGAGAAUGAGUAAAUUUUAA